CAAUUCUAAUCAAUGAAACUCCUCCCUUUCUGUUGCUUUUCCUCCCACUCCUCUUCUCCUUGGUUUUCACACUCUUUCCCAUUAAUGUUUUAAUAAAAAGUUGGUGCUUAUAACUAAAUUGCAUAACCAAAAUUCAAGACUGAGUUUCAUAUUCAAGAAUUAUGAAGUUUUCUUUUCCAUUUCUCAAGUGUUUUAGCUCAUCAUCAGCUACUUUAGAGGGCAGCCAAAUCCCAUAUGGUGGACAAAUUUCCCAGCAUUUUACAGUGUACUCUUACAAUGAAUUGAAAGCUGCAACUCAUGGAUUUAGAGCUUCAAAUAAAAUUGGAGAGGGUGGUUUUGGUUCUGUUUACAAGGGUAAGCUUCAAGAUGGAAUUUUUGUGGCUGUAAAAGUUCUAUCAGUUGAAUUGGAAUCAAUGCGAGGUGAAAGGGAAUUUGUAUCAGAAAUAGCUGCAUUGUCUGAUAUUAAACAUGAAAACCUUGUCAACCUCAGAGGAUGUUGUGUUGAUGGAGCAAAGAGACUUUUAGUCUAUGAUUACAUGGAAAAUAACAGUCUUUCCCAAACAUUCUUAGGUGGGGAGCAAAACAGAAGUAAAUUUACAUGGACACUAAGGAAAGAAAUUUCAAUAGGAAUAGCAAAAGGACUUUCAUAUCUACAUGAAGAAGUGAGUCCACAUGUUGUACAUAGGGAUAUUAAAGCCAGCAACAUACUACUUGAUGAGGAUUUUACACCAAAAAUUGCAGAUUUUGGUUUGGCUAGGCUAUUUUCAGAGAACAUGUCACACAUUAGUACCCGAGUUGCUGGAACCUUAGGCUAUCUUUCUCCAGAAUACGCCGUCAGUGGACAUUUAACACGCAAAUCAGAUGUUUAUAGCUUUGGAGUUGUGUUACUAGAAAUAGCCAGCGGUUCUCCUGUAGUUGCAUUUGACAUUACUAGAGGAGAGCAUUUCCUAGUUAACAAGGCAUGGGAAAUGUACAAUUCUGACCAACUAUUAGAGCUAGUGGACCCUGUUUUGGAUAGAGAAAUUUCGAGCGAUGAAGCUGUCCGAUUCUUGAAAGUUGGCCUACUCUGCGUGCAAGAGAACGCCAGCCUCCGCCCCAAAAUGUCAAUGGUCAUCAAGAUGUUGAGCAGCAAUGGCGCGACAAUAGUAGAUGAAAUGAAGAUUACUCAGCCUGGGAUUGUUGCUGAUUUAAUGGAUGUUAAGAUAGGCAGAAAACAUUCUUCUCAAAGCUUUUUUUCUAAAGCUUCCACAAGUAUGAGCCCAGGAAGCCCAUUUCAAACAGGAAGAAGGAAGUAGUAAAAAAGGGCAGCUUGGUACACUAAGCUUCCGUUAUUGGCGGAGUCUGGGUAAGAGAUGGACCACAAGGAUCUAUUGUACGCAAUCUUACCCUACUUUACUGCAAGAGGCUGUUUUCACGGCUCGAACAAGGGAGUAGUGAUAGCUAGAAAUUAGAAUGUACUUUGUACAAAGAGUAUAUUGUGCACACAGAUUGAAACACAUGCACUAAGUUUGCUCACUUUUAUUUUUUUCCCUUUUUUGGUUGUUGGAGAAAUUGUAUAUUAAUGUGGGCAGCUAGGUCUUUUAUUAUUGUUUUUGGUGGAUACUUUGUUGUAGACACUACCUUUAAUAUUGUUUUAUUCUUGAUACCUUUUUUCAGUUUCUCA